AUCUAGCAACUGGCGAGAGCUACAAAAGCACUGAUUACCAGACAAGAUUGUCACAAUCUUUUUUGACGUAUUGUGUCCCAGAAGUGUGCAGAGCCAUAUGGAAAAACUUAAAAAGCCAGUAUUUAAAAUUUCCGUCAACCAAAACCGAUUGGAUGAAAAUAGCCGACGAUUUUGCCAUUCGCUGGCAAUUCCCAAACUGCCUAGGUGCCCUCGAUGGCAAACAUAUAGUUUUUAAGAGCCUCCGCAAAGAUGGUGCAUACUAUCACAAUUAUAAAGGUUCCAACAGCAUCAUCUUACUUGCUUUGGUUGAUGCAAACUGCAGAUUUACUUUUGUUGACAUAGGAUGCAACGGAAGAGCGAACGAUGCAGGUGUUUUGCUACAAAGCAGUUUAAAGAAUGUUAUCGACGACGCAAGUAACCGUUUCCCAGAUGAUAAAACAGUUGGAAAUGGAAGGAUACUUCCGUAUGUCAUCGUAGGAGAUGACGCUUUUCCUUUGCAAAAGCAUUUAAUGAAGCCUUAUCCAUUUGCAACCAAAUGUCAAAAAAAAAGAAUUUUUAAUGUACGCCUUUCAAGGGCAAGACAUGUGGUAGAACAUGCAUUUGGUUUACUUGCGAGUCGUUUUAGGAUAUUUCAGACGAAAAUUGAUCUUAGAGUAGAGAAUGUAGAAGCAGUGACCAAAGCUUGUUGUGUUUUACACAACUUUUUAAUAAGCCGCAACUGCUUGGAUGUUCACGUUACAGAAACCAGCACAAAAUCAUCAUCACAAAAUGCAGAUAUGCCCGAAAAUCCUCGCAAAGGAGCGGCCGAAGAAAUUCGACAAAAAUUUGCCGAUUAUUUUGUCGAAGAAGGACAAGUGCCUUGGCAAUCAAUUCAAUAAAACAAACACAUAAUGUAAGAAGCUUUAAUUUUUUUAUUUAUAAAAUAAACACAUAAUGUAAGUAGCUUUAAUUUUUUUUGUU